UUGCAGUUUUUUCGACGGCAAGUGAAUUCUCGGUCAAGUUUUAUUUUGCUCUGUGAUUUUCGACAUUUCCAAGCUGAAAUUUAUAAAAUUUCCGCUCAAAUUUGUGUGCAUUUGACUCAAUUAGCUGAUUCUCCAAGUCCAAGCACACAAGUCCAGAGUUUGCAUAUUUUCACCAGCAUUUGCAACUCGGAUUUGAACUUGUUAUAAUUCCAGCCAAGCAAGAAGGCCAACAGCAGCAGCAGAACCGAUUUCCUUCUCCUUUAAUCAAAAGAAUCGAAAGACAAGCAAGCAACUAUGGGAAAUGUAUUCGCCAAUCUAUUUAAAGGCCUCUUUGGCAAAAAGGAAAUGAGAAUAUUGAUGGUCGGUUUGGAUGCCGCUGGUAAAACCACAAUUUUGUACAAACUCAAAUUAGGCGAAAUUGUUACAACGAUACCUACCAUUGGUUUCAAUGUGGAGACUGUAGAAUACAAGAAUAUUAGCUUUACAGUGUGGGAUGUGGGCGGCCAAGACAAAAUUCGUCCAUUGUGGAGGCAUUACUUCCAGAAUACACAAGGUCUUAUCUUCGUCGUUGACAGCAAUGACCGAGAGCGUAUUGGUGAGGCGAGAGAGGAAUUGAUGCGCAUGCUGGCGGAAGACGAGCUUCGGGAUGCAGUCUUACUAAUAUUCGCCAACAAACAGGAUCUGCCAAAUGCAAUGAAUGCGGCUGAAAUUACCGACAAGCUCGGUUUGCACUCACUCAGAAACCGCAACUGGUACAUUCAAGCGACGUGUGCAACUAGCGGCGAUGGACUCUACGAGGGACUCGACUGGUUGUCCAAUCAGCUGAAGAAUGCUAAUCGCUAAUUAAACACACCAUAAAACUACAACCACAACAAGAUAAAUACACACUUACUUUGAUUUCAAGAAAAGCAGAAGCAGAAAGAACCUGCAUCAACGUCAGAAAGACCAACCAACAGACAGACAAAACAGACACAGGAAAACGGUGGAAAUCGUCAUCAAGAAUGAACAACAACAACAGCAGCAGCAGCAACAACAAGAGCAGAGAUCUUCGCAUAACUUAAAAGGCUCCUCCUUUCUGUCCGUUUACAAAACAAGAAGUUGAAAUUGCAAGAACCGAACUUUUCAAAUCGCAUAUAAAAGAACGCUAUAAUUUAAUUUAAAUUUAUAUACAUAAUUAUUGGAUGUUUAAAAACGAAACGAUUAAAAGAGAAACCCCAACCAAUCGCAAAAGAAAAGGAAACACUAAAGUAUAUGGUCCGAAGAAAACGGUUAUACAUCGCCUUCUACAAGGACGCCACUGUCCGCGAGCGGUACCCGGUCAAGGUGCGCGCAUGUCCCAAGUCCAUGAAGGAUAAGCUGCUCACCAUGCCGGAAGCAUCGGAUGCGGAUGGUGUGACGGUCGAAGUGGAAGGGUGAGCUGACAAAGUUGUUGGGAGGAGGUAAAAGCAUUCCAGCUACCGGUGCCACAUCCAGCCAUCCGAUCUCGCUGAGCUCCGCGGACCACUUUGAUGUCGUUUUCAAUUGGGAAAGUACCUAUCAGUAUCCCGUGUCCUUUGAAUUGUUCAUGUUAAUGUUAAUGUUGUUAAUGGAAACUACAGCACAGUGUCCAACAGCCCAGACGAUUGGACUUGAGCAAAUGGUUGGAGUCUUUGAGGCGCCGAGCAGCCAGUGUUCCUAAUCGAAGUAUCCACACAGUCAUGGAAGUCACGACUGAGGCUGAACCUGAACCUGUGGCUGUGGCUAAUCUGGACGAAACUCAAAUAAAUGAAACGACCGACCUCUGUGCGGCCAGGGUAGCCGAGAUUGAGAGCCAAGUACAAAUUAUUCGAUUAGAUUCGGGGAACAGCGAAUGCGCCUAUAAAUCCAUUUGGGUAAGCUCCGCCUGCUCCUCUCUCACCUUCCCGACUCGAAGGAUUGGAUGGAUUGGCACACACAGAAUUGGAAGUCACGACUGAGCCUGAGCCUGAACCUGUGGCUGUAGCUAAUCUGGACGAAACAAAAC